UUGUCAUUACGUGGCUCUACUAGUUUAGGAAAAGAAAACAAGCUUAUGGUCGGCUAAUUGCAGAAAUAUCUGUUUCUUAUCAAGAAUUAAUAUAUUAUUAGCAAUAUGGACAGUAAAUGGACUAAUCUAGGCCUCAUAAUAGCAGUUUUUGUCACCUUACUUAGCUCUGUAACUAGCUAUACUAUCACAGUCGAUGCCCAUGCCGAAGAGUGCUUUUUCGAACAUGUUGAAGCCGAUACGAAAAUGGGCCUAACCUUUGAAAUAGCAGAGGGUGGGUUCCUUGACAUAGAUGUGACAAUCACGGGCCCCGAUGGCACAGUGAUAUACCACGGCGAGCGAGAGUCCUCAGGCAUGUACACAUUCUCUGCACAUGUGUCUGGUCGCUACACUUACUGCUUCAGCAACAAGAUGUCUACUAUGACACCAAAGGUUGUAAUGUUCAACCUGGAAAUCGGAGAUGCCCCCCACAAGGCAGAAGGAGACAAGGAUGAGGCAGUGGACCAUAACAAACUGGAAGACAUGAUUAAAGAGCUAGCCACCACUCUCAAGACUGUCAAGCAUGAGCAAGAGUACAUGCAGGUCCGCGACCGCAUCCACCGCUCCAUCAACGAGAGCACGAACUCGCGCGUGGUGCUGUGGUCAGUGUUUGAGGCGUCCGUGCUGCUCGUCAUGACCGUGGGGCAGGUGUACUACCUCAAGCGGUUCUUCGAGGUCCAGCGCGUCGUUUAACGCACCAUUCACUGCCGGGUUUUGAGUAAUUUACAGAGUUCGCAAUAUGAAGCAUGCGCCAGGCUUAUUAUUUUCGUGUUUAUAAAGCAUUCGUCAUUUUCACGGAUGACCUGUCAUAGGGUAUCAAAGAAAAACAGUCCAAUAUAGAUUCGGUUUAUCCAAAAGGUAUGGUUGAUUGGUGCAAGUUACUAGUGAAUCAAAUAACGCGAGUGCUAAAUAAAAUCCUGUAUUGUAUCUAUGAGCUAUCUUACUCGAAAUCAGUGGGGUUUUGUAUUUAAAAUCAAUUUGUCACUAGGCGAAAUGUGUUUUUAGUUCAAUCAGCAGUGUUAUGCAUAUUUUAACCAACGCAAUGUUUCUUUAUAGUGAUAAAAAAUAUAUGUUGUUAGAACUGAGAACAUAGACAGCCUGUAUGACUUCAACUCGCUCCCAGUAUGUGACAAUAUCAUGACUGCUUUCAUAUUAUUAUAAUCAAGUGAUGACACUCUACAAUAGACCUUAUUUAUAAGUGUUUAUGAGCUACUUUUGUACUUACUUCGGUAUAAGGCUCGCCAUCAUUUGAGGUUUGUUUAUUUACGAAUUCGAACCAUCUGUACAAACAAACGCAUUCAGAAUGAUAAAUAGGAUUCGUUAUAUUAAUAUAAUCGAUUAUUGUAAUAUAAUGAACCCCAAAUAUCAUGCCACGCACGCACAUAUCUGUGGAAUAGUGCUCAUUUCGUUGUUAUCCCCGUAAAAUAAAAUUACCAUGAUCAGUUUAUGAUGACCAUAGUACAAAGGAACUGGGUGGUCACUGCCAACGCACUUGGUCAAUAUUUGGCAAUCAUUCACCCCUUUUUCGCAAACAUGGCUCUGUUUAUCUUUUCUUUUUAUACUAAAGAAAGAGAUGCACUACGAAUAUUUGUAAUAUUUUAAUAGGUACUCUAGUUUAGGUGGGAUAAUCGAGAUAAGCCGUAAUGGAGUUUUCGCGCAAAUCUUCUGUUUGUAAUAGUAAUCAUCACAAGGGAGCGAGGCGUGGACGCGUUCUGAUCUGAGGUGUGACCGCGUGAGUUAUCGAGUUAUGAGUUUUGAUGAAAUAAAUUAAUAUAAUGUUUGUA